AUGGUUUUCUUGGCAACACCCAUAUUUUGGUUAUUGAAAGUUAUGAAUGGAAAAACGGUGCCGCCGAUUUCAAAUGAAGCGUUGUUUCUAUCUGCAAAGAAGUUGGCUGGAAAGAUCAGAAGACGCGAGCUGAAAGCCGAAGAUGUUAUUAAAAUGUAUAUAAACAGAAUAAAUGAGGUGAAUCCAUUGAUAAAUGGGGUUGUCGAAGAUAGAUAUUCCGAUGCUAUACUUGAUGCGAAAGCCGCUGAUGCAUACCUAGAUUCUAUUCAACAUAAAACGGAAGAAAUGGAGACGGUGCGUCGAGAGCAACCGUUGCUUGGUGUACCAUUGACCGUCAAAGAAGGUGUUGCUGUGAAAGGUAUGACCCUAAUUGCGGGAUCCUUAGCAAGGAAACAUAUUAGAGCCAAAGCGACAGGACCAACAAUUGUGUAUUUGAUGAGGGCUGGCGCAAUACCGUUGUGUGUGACCAAUACUCCGGAAUACAGUUUCUAUUUCGAAACAUACAACAUGGUCACUGGACGUACCAGAAAUCCAUACAACACAGCCUUCUCCGUAGGAGGAUCUUCUGGUGGAGAGGCGGCUUUGCUGGGAGCUGGUGCAUCACUCAUUGGAGUAGGUUCAGACUUGGUGGGUUCUAUUCGAUCCCCAGCUCAUUUUACCGGAAUUUUCGGUCACAAGCCUACAGACACUUCAACUUCGUCAAAACAUCAUUUUCCGAUAAUGGAAAAGCCAACGAUAGUUACGUACUUAUCAAUUGGGCCGAUGACACGAUACGCGGAGGACUUGCCACUGAUGUUGACAAUCAUGUCAGGACCGAAAGCGGAAAACCUUCGAUUAAACGAUCCAGUGGAUCUGAAAACUCUGCACGUAUACUACUUAGAGGAAUUCGAACCGACCUUGACUCUGACGCCAGUUGAAAGUGAUAUAAAGAACUGCAUUAAGAAAGCAGCGAAAUACUUACAGUCAUGCGGUGCGAUACUGCACGAAGAGAAAUUCCCGAUGGCAAACACCUUGGAGGUAGUUCUAUCUUUAAUGCUGACCACCGGAGAAAUACCUCACAUCGUAAAUGGAGAUAACCAGAACGACAAGCUGGGUUUCGUGCCCCUAAGCAAGAAGCCGUACUACACAGCAAAGUUGGAACAGAUCAGAAUGAACUUUCUUACGACAUUGAAAGAUAACGGUGUGCUUUUGAUGCCAGUGUUUCCGUCUUGCGCCUUUGUGCAUAAUUCAUUUUUCUUGAGAACCAGCUCUAUCAUGUAUGUAGGUAUAAUGAACAUUCUCGGAUUUCCCGCAACUUCUAUUCCAAUGGGAUUGAAUAACAAGAAAUUGCCAAUUGGAUUUCAGGUCAUAGCAACUCCUUGGAACGAUAGGCUCUGUUUUGCAGUGGCGCAGCAAUUGGAGAAACGCUUCAAAGGAUGGACUCCACCAAAUUCAUAA